CUCUUCCCUGCGCUGACCGGACGCGACGGUGCCUAUUUUUUUUCCCACCCUCCAUCAUCAUCAUCAUCAUCAUCCCUCUCUCUUUCUCAGGAGAUGAUGCUCAGCUCAGGCACACCUGCUUUUCAGCUCUCAGCUCAGGCUUAAAGUGUCAUUCCUCCCGGUUUCCUUGUCUGCGGUAUCAGACACGAAGCUCCGUCAAUCUGAGAAGCACUGCCUCAAACAGAGCUGCCAGUGUCGGCGGCUGAUACCGCUUUCCUCUUUGCUCUUCCUCCUCCCUACGCUCGGUGAGGGGCUGCUGGGGAUGGAAGCCCGCGCUGGUCGCUUCUUCAUGGACUCGUUCUUGACGGCUCUUCUCUUUCGCGCUGUAUCUCAGAGGUGCUGACUGGAAAAACAUGCCUUUGAAAUGGAAAAGCGGUUCGCCCGUCAGCUGGAAAUUUCCUGUGCCCGUCCUUAAAACGUCCAGGUCCUCGCCACUCUCGCCAGCAUACAUCCACCAGCACUCGUUUGUGGUGUGGACCACCCACUCUCUGCUUGCUGCAUCUCCAACCUAUCACCUGACAGGAUCACUAGUGGAGGAUGAUGAUGCUCAGAUGAUGAAGGUAUCGCUGGGAUGCAGUGAAAUGGGCCUCUCCUCCCACUUGCAGGCCUCGAAGACAGGAAACACACGCUUCUUUACCAGCAACACACACAGUUCUGUGGUUUUACAGGGUUUUGACCAGUUGAGGAUAGAGGGCCUGCUGUGUGAUGUCACGUUGGUGGCGGGAGACGGGGAUGAGGCGUUUCCUGUUCACCGAGCCAUGAUGGCCUCCUCCAGCGACUACUUUAAAGCCAUGUUUACAGGUGGAAUGAAAGAGCAGGAUUUGAUGUGUAUAAAGCUGCAUGGUGUGAAUCGAAUAGGGCUAAAGAAGAUUAUAGACUUCAUUUACACCGCCAAACUCUCUCUCAACAUGGAGAAUCUUCAGGACACCCUUGAGGCUGCUAGCUUUCUCCAGAUCCUGCCUGUCCUUGACUUCUGCAAAGUCUUUCUCAUUUCUGGGGUGUCUUUGGACAACUGUGUGGAGGUGGGACGCAUCGCCAAUACUUACAACCUCACUGAAGUGGACAAAUACGUCAACAACUUCAUCCUGAAGAAUUUUCCCUCCCUGCUCGGGACUGGCGAGUUUGUCAAACUUCCGUUCGAGCGUCUAGCAUUUGUUCUCUCCUCUAACAGUCUAAAACACUGCAGCGAAUUGGACCUGUUUAAAUCAGCGUGCCGCUGGUUACGCUAUGAAGAAGGCCGCAUGGAAUACGCCGCCAAGCUAAUGCGCAAUAUUCGAUUUCCUCUGAUGAGUCCGACGGAACUUAUAAACCACGUACAGACUGUCGAUUUCAUGCGUACGGAUAAUACUUGUGUUAAUCUUUUAUUAGAAGCCAGCAACUACCAGAUGAUGCCAUACAUGCAGCCGGUGAUGCAGUCGGAACGGACUGCGAUCCGUUCGGACAAUACCCAUUUAGUGACGCUAGGGGGCGUGCUACGGCAACAGCUGGUUGUUAGCAAAGAGCUGCGACUUUUUGACGAGAAAGCACAUGAAUGGAAAGCACUGGCACCCAUGGAUGCCCCGCGCUACCAGCAUGGCAUCGCAGUGAUCGGGAACUUUUUGUAUGUGGUCGGUGGACAGAGUAACUAUGACACGAAAGGUAAAACAGCAGUGGAUACCGUGUUUCGCUAUGACCCCAGGUAUAACAAGUGGAUUCAGGUGGCAUGUCUAAAUGAGAAGAGGACCUUCUUUCAUCUGAGUGCUCUCAAAGGAUAUCUAUACGCUGUGGGCGGGAGGAACGCCGCAGGAGAACUGGCAACGGUAGAGUGUUAUAACCCCAGAACAAAUGAAUGGACGUAUGUGGCCAAAAUGAGCGAGCCGCAUUAUGGACACGCAGGCACUGUUUACGGAGGAUACAUGUACAUUUCAGGUGGAAUCACCCACGACACCUUCCAGAAGGAGCUCAUGUGUUUUGACCCGGACGCUGAUAAGUGGACUCAGAAGGCACCAAUGACAACGGUGCGUGGCCUGCAUUGCAUGUGCACGGUGGGCGAUCGACUCUACGUCAUCGGCGGAAACCACUUCCGGGGCACCAGCGACUAUGAUGAUGUGCUGAGCUGCGAGUAUUACAGUCCCGCUCUGGACCUGUGGACGCCAAUCGCAGCCAUGCUCCGAGGCCAGAGUGACGUCGGUGUGGCGGUGUUCGAAAACAAGAUUUACGUUGUAGGUGGAUACUCGUGGAACAAUCGCUGCAUGGUGGAGAUCGUCCAGAAGUACGACCCUGAGAAGGACGAAUGGCACAAAGUGUUUGACCUGCCUGAAUCUCUGGGUGGCAUCAGGGCCUGCACGCUGACAGUGUUUCCCCCAGAGGACCUUUCUCUCGCUGGGUCACCCAGCCGAGAAUGUCUGCUGUCGGCUCCUUGAGAAUGAUGGAGGGAGAGUGAGAGAGACCGAGGAAUAAAAUGGACGGAUUAAUUGCUUGAUUGAUUGACAGACAGAUGUGUUGUUGAAUCGCACCCCAGUCUCUCUCGUUCUCUCUCUUUCUUUCUUUCUUCUCUAUUUCUCUCUGUCCCCACAGGAAAAGACAAUGUUUGCACUCCCCACUGAUAUACGUUUUACUGGUGUCUGUGGUGAAACCCCGUCCCUUCCCUCAAAUGAUUCCACUUCUCUUCCUCAUCCCUCCUGAGAGCCGAUGCUGAAGGUCCUUCCACCCACCAUCGCCACCUUGAUGAGAAAGAAAAAUGGAAGCACUCCCAGGGUUGGGCGUAACUACAUGUUAACACUGCAUUUCGGGGGCUUUGUUUCGUCUCUUUUGGCAGGAAUAACCUUGACUUGAACAACAAAUGACUUUGCAAUUCAACUUUUCUACCUGAGGUCUCCAGAGUUUUGCUAUGAAGACUGUACGUUUCCCCCCCGAUCCCACCUAUUCUGAGGACUCCUGCCCCCUCACUGUUCUCUCCCUCCGUUAUGCCUGCUCAUUUUUCACCCUCUGCCCAGGUUUUUUACCCUCAUUCUAUUGUCUCUCUCAGGGGGUUAGUUGACCUUUGACCACAGGAUGAGGAAAACAGUUUUUAAACUCAGGGGUUGACCUGCCCCCCCAUCCAUCCCUGCCUAACUGAAACUUCAUUUCUCUACUCCUGCUGUUGUUAUGAACCAUUAACAGAAUUGUGUUUUCUAAAUUUAAUAAACAAGAUUUUGAGAAAAAGAAA